CGGAAGAAACAGAUAUCAGCCAGCCCGCGUAUUUUUCCCUUCCUUCUUUCUCUUCCUUUCCCACCCUUCUUUUUCUGUCUUCUGGUGUCGGCGAUUCGGCAUAAACCCGAACCCUCUCGAAUUUCCGAUCCAGGAGGCAACCUGCGGGGUUCGGAGCUGCCAAAGAUCCAAUUUUCCGCAUUAAAAUCAGGGUUUCCGCUGCCUAAAUCGGGGGUCUCAUUGACUCCAUGAUUCAUACUUAACCAUUGUAUUGAGAGUUCGAAACUAAUAAGAGCUUCCAGCAUCCGCCGGACGGUCACCGGCUCUGCAGAAAGCUGGAAAAUUGGAGAGCCGCCGGAAAAUUCAAAACCUGGGGUUUUCGGGAUUUGCAUUUUGGAGAGAACCCUUUUGUCCGCUCGCCAUUCUGCUUCUCCCCCAUUCAGUAUUGUGGUUCCAUUUUUCCUUUCCUGGGUUGCAUUAGAUCCAGAUCUAGGAAGAUGGGGAAAAAGGGCGGGUGCGGCUUCGUUGGGUGGUUGAUGGUGUUAGUGAUAUUGGCAUUGCUCGGCGUAGGGAUCUUCUUAGUAGUGAGGCACAAAAUGAACAAAUCCGACGACGACGGCGAUUCGAUUCCGGGUCCUCCGGGAGCUAUCCAGAAGAAGUACUCCGACGCUCUCAAUGUCGCAGUCCAGUUCUUCGAUGUUCAGAAAGCUGGGAAAUUGAACGAGGACAAGAUAACUUGGAGGGGCGAUUCAGCGCUAGAAGAUGGCAGCACUGUGAAGCUCGACUUAUCGAAAGGAAUGUACGAUGCUGGAGACCACAUGAAGUUCGGAUUCCCCAUGGCAUUCACUGCCACUGUUCUGUCUUGGUCAAUCUUGGAGUAUGGUGAUCAGAUGGAGGCAGUGAAUCAACUUGGAACUGCUCAAGAUUCCCUCAAGUGGAUCACUGAUUUCCUCAUCCAUGCUCACCCUUCAGAUAAUGUGCUCUAUGUUCAGGUGGGUGAUCCUGUAUCAGAUCACAAGUGUUGGGAUAGGCCAGAGGAUAUGACCGAGAAGAGACCGGUGUUUCAAGUGAACGCGAGUUCUCCCGGGUCAGAUGUUGCAGCUGAGGCUGCUGCAGCUUUGGCCUCAGCAUCUCUGGUGUUCAAGAAGAAAGAUUCGGACUACUCAUCCACAUUGCUUAAGCAUGCCAAGCAGUUGUUUAGUUUUGCGGAUAAGUAUAGAGGUUCAUAUUGCGAUAGCAUACCAGGAUCUGCUACUUACUACAACUCCACCGGCUAUGGAGAUGAGCUGUUAUGGGCUGCUUCAUGGCUGUACCAUGCCACGGGGGAUCGGUCUUACCUUCAGUACGUGACUGGAUCGAAUGGGAAUGAUUUUGCAGAUUUUGGGAACCCUAGUUGGUUCAGUUGGGACAAUAAGCUGCCAGGAAUCCAGGUAUUGAUGGUUGCAAUGGUUUUGCUGGCGAGAUUGACAUUCUUGGGUGAGAAAGAUACCUCGAACUCUGGGCUUCAACAGUACAGGGAGACGGCCGAGGCAGUGAUGUGUGGGCUUAUUCCUGAUUCUCCCACAGCUACUUCCAGCAGAACAGACGGUGGUCUGGUAUGGGUGAGCGACUGGAAUGCCCUGCAGCAACCUGUUGCUGCAGCAUUCUUAGCAUCUGUGUACAGUGACUACUUGCUGACAUCAGGGAAAAGACAGUUUUCUUGCAGUGGAAGUACAUUCAAAUCAUCAGACCUCAAGAAAUUCGCUAGAUCCCAGGCUGAUUACGUUCUAGGCGACAACCCAAUGAAGCUGAGCUAUCUAGUUGGGUAUGGGGACAAGUACCCGCAAUUCGUGCACCACAGGGGAGCUUCGAUCCCCGCGGAUGCAUCCACAGGCUGCAGCGACGGCUGGAAAUGGCUCUCGUCAACGGACCCCAACCCGAACGUGGCCAUGGGAGCACUAGUUGGCGGACCAUUCAAGAACGACUCGUAUGUCGACGACAGAAACAACACAAUGCAGACCGAACCCAGUACUUACAAUAGCGCCGCCAUGGUUGGGCUGCUCUCUGGCCUUGUCACCACUUCGUCAGUCGUCCAGUCCUUUAACUGAGACAAAAAGAACAAACUCAGCAAUGUAAUUCGUUGAUUUGUUAAAAAAAAAAGGCUUGUGUGCUUUGUGAAAGGAUACUUGUUGUAGGAUGUGUUAGAUUGAAUUGUACUAUUGUGCAUUGGCUCCACUGCUCAUAUAACCCCAGCUUGCUUCAUUGCAUCUGCCGGUCCGAGGCUCGAAAUUUUGGGUUAACCACAUCUUUCUUAUCAAUGUUUUGUUCACAUCAAACCAAAUCGAUUUCUGAUUCAUGUUGGAUUUUGGAAGGUGAGACUGAGAGCAACUGUAAUGGGGGCUUUCUGUUUGUGCAAACUAGUCAAUAACAC